UUCUAACCUAAUAGACAUAAAAAGUUUACUCGGUGGUUAUUUAUAAAUGGAAACAAAACGCCAAUAAACGCGGAAUAAAUAUAUAUAAUACGCAUAACAUAUUAAUAACUAAAAUAAGUGAAAGAUGACGAGAAUUGUGAUGCAAGGUGUAAGCACGGGGACGACGGAUUAUCAACAGCCGCAAGCACAUCAUCUGCAGCAGCAACAGCUACCACCACAAACAGCACGACGGAAGCAGCCCAUGAAUGAAUUAAAGGAUUGGAGGCCGUUCGUUUACGGUGGACUAGCGUCGAUAACAGCGGAAUUUGGUACUUUUCCGAUUGACACCACAAAAACGCGCCUCCAAAUUCAAGGUCAGAAAAUUGAUCAAACUUUCUCGCAGCUAAGAUAUCGUGGCAUGACCGAUGCCUUCAUCAAAAUAACAAAAGAAGAGGGCCUACGUGCACUCUACUCGGGCAUCUGGCCCGCCGUGUUGCGUCAAGCCACCUAUGGCACCAUCAAAUUCGGCACUUACUACACGCUCAAAAAGUACGCACACAAUUAUGGUUUACUUGUGGAUCCUGCAACGGGCGGCGAACGUGUUUGGGCGAAUAUUCUCUGUGCGGCCACAGCGGGUGCCGUCUCCUCGGCGAUCGCAAAUCCCACGGAUGUGUUGAAGGUGCGCAUGCAAGUGCAUGGGAAGGCGGCGCAUCAGCAUGGUUUGUUCGGUUCAUUCAUGGAAAUCUACCGUUAUGAGGGUGUGCGUGGGCUGUGGCGUGGUGUGGGACCAACAGCGCAGCGCGCGGUCGUUAUUGCCUCGGUGGAGUUGCCGGUCUAUGACUUUUGUAAAAUGCAAUUGAUGCAUGCAUUUGGCGAUCAUAUGGCGAAUCAUUUUAUCUCCAGCUUUAUAGCCAGUUUGGGUAGUGCGAUUGCCUCAACGCCCAUUGAUGUGAUAAGGACGCGUCUCAUGAAUCAGAAGCAUUUAACGGUUGUUAAUGGUGUGGCGGUGGCGAAUACGCAAAGGCUUUAUAAAGGCAGUUUUGACUGCGCGGUGCAGACUGUCCGCAACGAAGGCUUAUUAGCGCUCUACAAAGGUUUCAUACCCACCUGGGUGCGUAUGGGUCCUUGGAAUAUCAUAUUUUUUAUCACCUACGAACAAAUGAAGAAACUCUAAAAAAAAAACAUUUCAGCAACAGCUUUGUACAGUACAAGCCGCAUUUACAAGGACUUUUCAAACCAACAAAACAUUUUAUAGUAUGCAUAAGUAGUGUUAAGCAUAUGAAGCCAAAAAGCGAAAUGUAGCCGGUAAGCUUAUAGUAGCAAUAUAUUUAUAACGAAAUGUAUAGCGCGAGUAGCUAUUACUAACAAAUUGAUAUAAAAGUUAUUAAU